GCAAACCCGGCAAACAUUCCCUUCCGACAAAUACCGUAGCGCUAAACACCGUGGUAAACAAGAGCUGGAAUCACCAGCCACAUGUUUCUCGGGUGGCCCGAGGCCCUUGUCCCAGCCCUGCGGGUGCUCCUCCUUUCCUGCCCUUCAUUUGAUCUUUCCAGCCUACCCCCCCCCAAUAUUCUAGAACAGGAUUGAAAUGUGAUUUAAGUUAUCGCGAGAGACCUGUUUUUAUGCGCCAGCUUUAAUUGACCUCAGCGACCACAAUGUCUUUCCCCCAGGAUGCUCGUCGUCGGCGGGUUGGAGCGGGCACUGGCUUCAGCUCGUCGGGUAGGCGGACAGUCCUGGGAUACUGGGUACCCCUGGCCUUGACAGUAGGUGUCGCGGCCGUUGGUGUUGCAGCCUGGAUCUGGAGUGAACGCACCGAAGAGGAGGAUAACGACCCCGAUUACCCCCGAGAUGGCGAUGGCUUCCCCGCGCCGGGCCCUAGCGGAGACCAACUUCCUCCCGGUGGAUAUGAUGGAGAUUAUGCUAGAUCAACAGCGACGGAUAUUCAUGGCGAACAUACAGACGACGUUAGCAUGGUGGCCCGCAUGCAGGGAGCCUUGCGACGUACUCCUAGUCCUCAACAGAUUUUCGAUGGUGCUAGCAAGCGGGUUGCAGCUGGUGUGGCCGCUGCGGGCGCGUUUGUGGGCGGUGCUCUGACAUCGAUCCGAGAAGAGGACAGGGGCGACUUUGAAGAUCAUUCCAGAUGGUCGGAAGAGGUAGAAUCAAGAGCUCGCAGGGACCAGCCGGACAUUGCUGCUCCGGCCAUGAGCCCUCUUCCUGGUUCUGGAGUUGCUGGUGGCACCCCUUCUGGCGCACAAAAAAAGAAAACGGUAGCUAUUGUUGUGUCAUCAGACGCAUCGCGUUUGGACCCAGAAGAGCUUACUUCCGAUCAUGUGUCUAUUCUUUCCCACCUUCCUGAGCAUGUCAACCCCGAUACUACUCGAAUCUUUGUUAUGAUAUAUGCGCCGGGCCUGAAGCACGCCCCUAAUCAAGGCAAUGGGUCCCGCCCAACCAUGUCCGUUACGUCUUCUUACUCGAAUAUCGCUCCUGAAGAAGUUCUCUCCCCAGGUGAGCCACCAAGUGGCGAUUUGACAAGUCCAGAUUCUUGCCAGGUCGACCAGGAAGCUAUGACACCGCUCUUCAGAACUCUGUAUACCCAGGCGCAGGCAAUUGCUGAGAAGGAGAGCACAAUUAUGCCUUUCAGCACCCCCACAGGCUACGUGCACCUCGUGCGACACAUCUCUCCUGACACUGUUUACGUGCAGGAAUCCCUCACAGGAAAGGAAGGGGAGCCGGUACACCAUAUCUCCCGUUGGGUCAGACAGGUAGUUGUUGUCAUUGGUGAGCGAGGCGGCCUUGUCGACAGCGAGGAUGAGUCCGCCUUGGCAGACAGCGGUGAAAAGUGGUGGCAAAAAGAGGGCACAACUGGCAUCGGCAAGAGAAUAGAUGUAGUUGACGUGCUCCGUACAGGGGAUGACUGGCGACGAAGAAUAUCUGGCUUCGACUAGACGUCAAGUCCUGUGCUGAUUCCAUGGGCGGCUUUUGUCGAUAUGUUUUUGUUCCACUGUUCAUAUGUGUUAUUUCCCCUUUCAUUACCUUUAUGACCCCUGAUUCGAUUCCCCCAAGUUUUACGAACUGUGUUUUCUACAUUGGUAAUGUGUCUACUGCAUAUGGUCUAUUUAUAUCUGAGAUUAAAAAGCACCUUUGGAGAGAUAUCAAUAUCACGGCCCCUUUUCUUUGUUUCA